CCAAUCGAAAUUACCACUUGUCGUAGGUGCGGACUUGUGCCAUGAGGGAGAAUGGCGGAGCUGAAACAGACCGUCGACAAUUCCAACUGUGGCUUGCAACAAGACGAAUUCGAUCCCUUUUCUGCUGACGUCGAGAGAACUGAAGAACAGGUGGACACGGCCCUUACAUCGGCGCCGUCGGAAGAAGAAUGGUACCAUGGCUCUUUGGAUCGUCGAACUGCAGAGGAACGGUUGCGGAAAGCUGGAUUGGUUGGAUCUUAUUUGGUACGGGAGAGCCAAAGUAAGCCCGGAUCUUAUGUCUUAUCAUAUUUUGGCAAAACUGGAUUAAACCAUUUCCGGAUCUCAUACUUAUGUGGUGACUAUUAUAUUGGUGGCCGCCAGUUUGACAGUUUAUCUCUGCUUAUAGGCUAUUAUACGAGGUGUUCAUAUUUGUUGAAAGGGGAACAGCUGCAGGAACCAGUGGCACCACCAGAGCCUGUAGAUGAUUGUCGGAAAGUUAUUGCCAUCCUCCCAUUCAGUGGAAUGCCCGACACUGAUGAGCUCAGUUUUGAAAAAGGAGAAAUUUUUAUUGUUCGUGAUGUACUUGACGAGACCUAUUGGGUGACUUCAGAAAAAACAGGAGAAAGUGGUAUAGUGUACCAACCAUUAGUAGAAGACUUAACAGACGAUGUUUUGAGUUCAAUGUGUUUUCAUGAGAACCUUUCCAAAGAAGAUGCUGUUGAAAAACUCCGACAAGCGGGAAAUGGUAGUUUCCUUGUGCGUCCAAGUGAACACUAUCCAGGAGAUUAUUCUCUCUUUUUCCUUCAUGAUAAAACUGUGAUUCGGUUCAGAAUUGAAAAACAAGGCCGACAACUUUUCAUUGGUGGUAGAUAUUUUGACAGUCUACAUGCUAUAAUUCAACGAUAUACACGUGAAGAAAUUGUUGAAGGUCAAACAUUAAAGAAAGCAGUAAUGAGAAAGGAUGUGCUCAAUGGAAGUGGUCCAAGCCUUGAUUCUGCCAAAACCAAGGAAUUAUAUGCUUCUUUAAAACGAGGUACUGGGGCUAACUUACUUAAGAAGCAGUGGGACAGAAUUGAUAUCACGGGUUAUCUUAAAAAACGACAAAAGACUAAAAAAUGGAAAAACAUGUACUUUAUUUUGAAUGGCACUGAACGGCAGCUGCGUUAUUUUGAAAAUGAAAGGAGAUCAAAGCCAAAAGGAAUGAUUGACCUUGCAUUCAGUUCUAUAUAUCCUGUCCAUGACAGUUUUUUUGGGCGGCCCAAUUGCUUCCAGUUGAUAAUUAACGCUUACAACCACAUGUCUGUAAAUUAUUUAUGUGCUGACAGUACGGAUAAGGCUCAGCACUGGAUCCAAUCGUUGAAACCUUAUUGUGUAAAUAUUCAAACUCCUAAACCAAAUCAUUUAUCAGAAGCAUUGAAAGAAUUACGAAGUUUAUCAAUUGAAAUAUUUGAUGGACGAGAUUUGCCCAACAAACAUUUACCUCACCCCUAUUGUGUUGUGUAUUUAAACAAUGUGCAAGUGUGUCGCACUCAGGUCGGCAAAUGUCCUAACCCCUAUUGGGGUGAGGACUUUAUUCUUGAUGACAUUCCUUCUGAUGUGGAAAGUUUCACCAUAUCUAUUGUAAAUCAAGGUCGUCGUUCAAAAGAUGUUGAAGUGGUACAAACAACAAUAGAUUUGAACGACUUGAAAAGUGGGGAGUUUAUUGAUGAAUGGUAUAGCUUACAACCUGUGAAUAUUGCUAGUCGAGGAGAUAUGGGUUCCCUUCGGAUAAAGUCUCGGUACCUCCAUGAAGUAAUCAUGCCACCAGGAGAAUACACAACACUUAAAGAGCUUAUAUUAACGAAUUUAGACAAUGUUCUUAUGUUAGCUCAAGUAUGUGUCAGUGAAAGAAUCUCUCUGGCCAAAGCUUUGUUGAUGGUAUUCCGACACGAGAACCAAGAAUCUAGACUUUUAGAAGCUCUCAAUAACAUGGAAAUUAAAAAAGAAGAUGAAGUGUCAACGCUGUUCCGGGCUACGUCACUAGCUACCACCUUGAUGGACCAGUACAUGAAAAUGACUGCAUCAACCUUCGUACAAAAAGCUUCCAAAGACGCUGUCCAUACAAUCAUAGAAAGCAAACAGUCAUGUGAACUUGACCCUGCUCGAAUGGAGAACUGUGCAGAGCUAGAAGGCAAUGUGGAACACUUCCUGAUCUUACUUAAUGGGGCUGUUGAUGAUAUUUUCAACUCCACUGAAUACUGUCCACUAAUGUUACGCCACAUAUGCUAUUGUUUACAGAGAAGUGCCAAAAACAAGUGGCCCGAUGAUGAAAGUGUACGUACACGAGUUGUUAGUGGAUUCAUUUUUUUGCGGUUAUUGUGUCCAGCAAUUCUAAAUCCAAAGUCUUUCAAUUUAAUAUCAGAAACACCAACUGAAAUGGCAAUCCGUUCAUUGAAGCUUGUUGCCAAAUCAUUACAGAACUUAGCAAAUUUAGUUGAAUUCGGUGCUAAGGAACCUUAUAUGAAGGUAGUGAAUCCAUUUAUUAAAAUGAACAAAGAACGGAUGAUAACUUUUUUGGAUACUUUAUCGAAUGUUCCAGAAUGUCCAAAAACAAACCAAGAAACACCAGGAGAUCUUGCUCGUGAUAUGGCAACGAUACACACACUUUGUGCUAGUCACGUAGCAGAGAUCAAACUGGCUUCAGAAACAAAGCCGGAACUGAAGAAACUGCUGGCUGUCACAGCACGAUUAACAGCGCACAAGAAAUGUUACAUGGGAGAAUCGUGACACCAGCUGAACUGAGUGACAUUUGUCUCUACUAAUUCCUGUGGAUGAAUACCUCUUCUUCUCUCUGUUCUUUUUUCUCUUCCUUUUCUUCCUCCUCCUGUUGUUAUUAAUCACAACGACUGAUGCUUCUGCUGCUGCUGCUGCUGCUACUGCUGCUGUCAUUACAUUUCAUCUGAUGCAGUAGAUUUUUGUCUGUGGUUGUGCUCGUCUUCUUCUUUGCACAACUGCUAAACAGAUUUCUGGGGGACAACGACUAUAGAUCAGUCUUUUGUCAUCUUGUUUCGUUGGUAGAAUGUGAUGAUUUUAGGUGGAGACUGUUGGAUAUAGAAGCCCUGACAAAUAGCUGUUUCCCUACACGAGCAGACAUAUUAACACAAGGAGGAAAAAAAGUGUACAAGAGAUCAAUCUGAAAUGUUGGUACAUUAAUAAGCUGAUUGGUUUUAAAUGCCCUUCUUUUCAGAACUAUGGCAUUGAUACUAGCUGCGGUCAUACACUGACAGCUCCCUUUUGUUAUACAUUGUAUGGAAAUUUUUUAACACAGACUUCCAUCUUCGCCUUCUGGCCCUGAAAACAAAAUAGCAAAAUUCACUUUGGUUCAUUUUCCAUUAAAAAUGGUUGACUUUAUAAAUAUUAUUUACUCCUAAUUUGUUCCAAGAGAGUUCUUCUGUUGGAAUAGAACAAAGAAAAUGAAGCAGAAAAGGAAAAAUUGAAGAAAAAUUGAUGCCAUCAAGUUGAAUUCCAACACUUGGUUUGGUGAGGAUGGGUGAGGAUGAUGUCUUGUAUGAAUCGUUUGAAAAUAACCAAACUGAAUGAUUGCAGAUGAGUGAAAUGGUUGCAUGAUUGAUGAUUGAUCAGUAAACUAUCACCAAAUGUUUGCAUUUCUUGAUAAAUAAAUCUUAAAAGUAGUUGAACAGACUACUGUGAUCUGGAAUGGAUGGAGGAACAACUUGAAGAAUCAUUUGGUUGGCUGUGAAACAUGCCAACAGACUGACAGACAAAUUGGAAUAUACAAGUCUAAUGAAAACAAAAAAGCAAAAAACAAAAAAAAAAAGAAAGAAAUCAAACCAAAAAAAUGUCCAAUAUAUUCAUUGAAAUUAAUCCAAGACUGCCCUUAAUCACUAUAUUUCUUACUGCUUUUUGUGAUAAAGACUGUAAAUAAGGUCCUUCUGUGUUAAGCAAUGUUACAUGAACUUUUCUGAGUUUAUUUUUUCCCCUUCUUUUUGUUAAUGUUUUAAAAGUUACUUUUUGGCUUUUCUGUAAAAAUUUACCCUUCCUAAUCAUAAAAUGCAGCCUAAUGAAGGCCCUUGGCCUAACUGGCACCAGUAUUUGGCCUGAUUUUC